UAUUUAUAAUGUUUGUUGCAGUGAAUCAAUUGGAUUCGUUAUUAAGAACGGUACAAAUAGUAUACAUUUCUCAAUUACAAUAUACAGCUGCCGAUUUUCUCAGAUGAUUGCAGUGUAAUGAAUCCGUAUAUUAAAGGGGAGGGGGAACUACGUGGUGAUCUUGAGUCUUGACAUGCUGGAGCGCUGAACAAUGAAUUCUUAUGGAGUUUAAUAUAAACAAGACGAUGAUGGUUAAAUUUACAAGGAGGAAGGUAGUAAAGAAAGUUUAUUGCUGAAAAAGGCAACAGGCUCGGGAGGCAGGUGAAUACAAGUAAUGAAAAGUCUUGAAAACAAUUUGGGAUAAAGAAAAUGGGUAGAUCGGGUGGUAAAGAAUGCGAUGAGGGUUCUGGUGCAACUGUGCAACAUAUUUAAGGAAAAGGAAUGAGGGUAAAGACAUGGUGUAGCUUUUCCAUGUUGGUCAGGCUGAUAUUGGAGUUUGUGGCAAGACUAUGGGGCCCAUUCUUGGUGACUGAGAUGAGAGGAUGUGCAGCGCAGAGCAGUGAGAUUAUGCACAGGAUGUUGAAAGUUCCCGUUCAUACAUUGAUGAAUUGUACUCCCCUGAUGUGGAGAAGUGUCUUCAAGCCAUUGUCUGCUUGAAGAACUCUGUGAUCGGCAGCAACCGCCAAAAGGCGAGCGUGAUCGCCCAGGGCGUGGUCCCACGGCUUCUGCAGCUUCUGAGCGAUGACUCGCUGCCCGACCAGGUGAAGAUGGAGGCGACCAUCACGCUGGGCUCCCUGGCCAAGGGAACCAGGGACAGCGUCAGGGCCCUGGUGGAUCUUGACGUUGUCCCCAUCCUCAUACAUGGCCUUGGAAGUAAAAACAUGAAACUCAUUGAAGCCAGCCUUUGCUGCUUGCGUACCAUAUUUGAGCACCAGUGCGCCCCUGUGGACUUGAUAUACCAGAAUGAAAACUUGACGGUGCAUCUGUUGACACUGACGAUGCACAGUAUGACCAACCAAGUAUGUGUCACCACCAUUCUCAAGGCAGCGUGCAAGACAGCCGAGAACCAGAACCUGCUGUGUGGCCAAGGAGCAGUUGAAACAUUGGCUGCCUUGCUCUGCUCUCCACACUACAGAGUUCAGAUGCCAACAGUUUUGUGUUUGGCCAACAUGUGCUACAAGAAUACUGAAGUGUCUGCUGAAGUUGCUACCACCAGCUUUGGUGGAAAGUGCAUCCCAGACUUGUUGGUGGGGUUGAUGGCAAGAGACAAGCCCAGUGAAAUGCAGAUGGCAGCUGCAAAAUGCCUAACGUACCUGCAUCGAGCCAAAGCAAUAAGUGCUGAAGACCCCAAAAUUGUGUUCAAGACUCUGCCAUGCUUGGUGCGGCUCUGCAAGAAGGACCACCCGUGCGAGCAGCGAGUGGUGGCUGCGGAGACGCUCGCCUACCUCACGGAGGUGGACACGGAGUUGCAGCGCCUGGCCUCGGUCUCGAACCACCUGGUGCCCGCGCUGGCCGAGUUCCUGCGGCACCAGCCCGACCCCCCUCUCCACCCCAACCACGCUGCCGCGCGACUGGAGGAGGAGGUGCGGGUGGCCCAGGACCUCAAGCAGGCUGCCUUCAAGGCUUUUGCAUCAUUGGGAGCCAAUGACGAGGACAUUCGCAAGAAGAUUAUCGACACAGACAACUUGAUGGACCACAUUGUGAAUGGUCUUCAAGAUACCAACCCGAAAGUUCGUCUUGCUGCUGUGAGAUGUCUUCACUCUCUGUCCCGCUCAGUGCAGCAGCUUCGGACAACUUUUCAGGACCACUCAGUGUGGAGGCCACUGAUGCAGCUGCUCCAAGGAGCAUCGGACGACAUUCUGACCGUAGCAUCUUCAACAUUAUGCAACCUGCUCCUUGAGUUCUCUCCGUCCAAAGAGCCCAUACUGGAGUCUGGAGCAGUAGACCUGCUGUGUGGCCUCACACGGCAAAAGGACCCCGCUCUGCGUCUCAAUGGGAUAUGGGCACUAAUGAAUAUGGCUUUUCAAGCAGAACAGAAGAUAAAGUCUCAGAUCCUGAACACGCUUGGCACGGACCAGAUAUUUCGCCUGCUGUCCGACCCAGAAGUGGAUGUGUUGAUGAAGACUCUGGGAUUACUCCGAAACUUGCUUUCCACCAAACCACACAUAGACCACAUAAUGAGUCUGCAUGGAAAUCAGAUUAUGCAAGCAGUGGUUCUCAUCUUGGAAGGCAACCAUGCGGCCGAGGUGAAAGAGCAGGCCCUGUGCAUUUUGGCUAACAUUGGAGACGGAGACUCGGCCAAGGAGUACAUCAUGUCUAACGAAGAUGUGCUGAAGAAGCUGACUGAUUACAUGAUGCACAACAGUGUAAAGUUGCAGAUUGCAGCAAUCUUCUGCAUUUCGAAUCUAGUGUGGCGUGAAGAACCCGGCGCCGGGGAGCGGCAGGCCAAGCUGAGAGAGAUUGGAGUUUAUAAGAAGCUGCAGUCGCUCCUCAUGGCCAACGACACGAUGCUGUUCGACAAAGUGAAGACAGCAAUGACUCAAUUUUCAGAAUCAUGAUGGUUUUCUUGGUAAAACAUGCAGAAAAUUAUUUAUAAUUUUUUUUAAGUUUUUUUUUUACUUGUGCUAUAGUUGGUAAUCAUUUUGCAGUUUGUGUGUAAACAUGAUGAAUUUAUGUUGUUGUUGGACCUUACUUCAUACUGCAAAUCAUAUCCAGUUAUCAAUGAAACUUGGAAUUUCAUUUUAAGUUGGAAGACAGUAUGUUGAAAAAAAAAUGUAAUCUUGAGGCUUGUUUAAAAAUGGGCAACAUACACUUACAAAACAGACAAAUGUACACUAAAUGAGAAAAUUUAAUGCAUGUCACUGUUGUAUUUUGACUUUACUAAGCCACCGCCACUACCAUUGUCCGACCUCUUGUCUUAUUGUUGUUUCAUUGGUUAGUUGAGUGGUGUAUAUAUAUAUUUGACAGUAAAAUUAAAUGUUAUGAUAAAAAA